AACACCAUGAAGGUUUUCAUCCUUUUGGUUGUUUGUGUGGCGUACGCCAACGCAGGUAUUUGUGAAGAGGUCUGCAGUCCUCUGUGCAAAUCUGGCGCCACCGCAGCCGGCGCUGCGAUCAGUGGAGGCACCGCGGCCGCUGCAGCUGGAGCCGUCGGCGGCGUGGUCUGUGGCACGAGCUGUGACAAGGUGUGCGACCUUGGCGAUAAAGUGGUCAGCUGGAUCGGAGGUCUCUUCGGCAAACGUGAUGCACCACAUACAUGGGUGGUCGUUGCCCAUUGGGAGGGUGAAUUCCCAAGACAUUUUAACGAGUACGACACCAACAGAGAUGGUCUCAUCACUCACAGAGAAUUUGUCAAUGCCAUCAAUGCUGAGUUGAAAGACGUUGCAGCAUUGAAAGCUUUCCAUUUGGCCGACAAAAACGGUGAUGACUACAUCGACAGAGAUGAACUCAAGGCUGCCCCCUUCAAGUUUGCGAAGGACUGAAGAAGAGCUAUUUCAGGAGCAUUUAACAAAAUUUUCUUUCUCCAGUAAGAGAAAUAUCAAUGUGGUUAGUUGAAUAAAAUCAAUAAGAUACA